AUGAGUACAGAUGGAUAAAUUUUAAGAAUGUAUUUUAUAUUUUUCUCCUAUUUAGAGAUUAAAUCAUAGACAUUUCGAAGCAAACUAAUAUAAUGAAUAAUUAUGAAUAAAUAAAAUACUUAUAGUUGGUUGGACAAUACGGAUAAUAAAAUAAAAGCUUAGCUUAUUGA